AUGCCCGGCUUAGCACUGGACAAAGCCAUGGUUUCGAAAUCAGCCAAGGAUGAGGUUUCCGUGAAGUCCAAGUUCAUGCGACGGUUAGCGGCGAGCGACGAGGAGACGAGGGACCAGGCGUUCGAGGUCUUGUCACGAUGGCUUAUCGCUCGCAAGGAGAUCGCCGAAGAAGACCUCCUGAAAAUCUGGAAGGGGCUGUUCUACUGCAUGUGGCAUUCGGACAAACCGCCGGUUCAAGCGAACCUCGCGGAAAGAAUGUCCGGUAUUCUGAUCUCGCUCGAUCCUGACCUCGCGCUGCUGUUUCUGCGAACUUUCUGGAAGACGAUGCGACGGGAAUGGGGAGGAAUCGACUACCAUCGCCUGGAUAAAUUCUAUAUGCUUGUCCGCCUGGUCAUGCGGAAUAUUCUCGAGUUUCUGGAAAAACGGGAGUGGGAGGAAGAGGUGGUUUCGGAUCUUGCUGCGUGCGUCAUGCAACAGGGGCUUCUUGCUAAGGACAAGUUUCGGGCUAUCGGUCUCGAACUGCAUAUACUGGAUAUUUUUAACGAGCUCUUUAAAAAGUCUGGAGGGGGUGACGUCAGAGUGGUGAAGGCUGUUCUGCAGUUCACCCGGCCGGUCGUGGGUGUGAUUCAAACGAAGGAGGACGGACGGUUGCACAAACGAGCUCUGAGUUCCGUGUUUUCGGGACUGGCGGAAUAUCUGCGGAACGAAGCGAAGGCAAACUCAAGCAAUGCUUCGUACGUGGCUGCGCUUCAAGAGGCGGCGGCCGAGAUGUCCGCUGAUAUCAAAGCAGCGCACGGCACGGCGAAAGGGAAAAAGAAAAGCAUGCUUCGGAAAGGACAGGCGAUUUUCACGGCGCUGAUAAACGAUCUGUCUGGGAGUGGUCCUGCUGAAGGAGGGGAAAAUGGGGAAGAGGAGGAUGGCGAUGAUGAUAUGCAGGGUUUAGAUGAGGACGGUGCUGCUGGUGGAAAGGACGACGCUGGUGAUGGUGAGGGAGAAGAGAUGGAAGAAGGGGAAGAGGAGGAGGGAGAAGCAGGGGGACAGGGUUCAGGGGAGGGUUCAGGGGAAGAGGAGGACGGGGAAGAGGAGGACGGGAAAGCGGAGGACGGGGAAGCGGAGGACGGGGAAGCGGAGGACGGGGAAGCGGAGGACGGGGAAGCGGAGGACGGGGAAGCGCAGGACGCGGAAGCUGAAGCGGAACAGCAGAACGGCGCGAAGGUGGAGGAUGAUUGUGGGGAGCAUGGUGAGGAGAGAGCAGAUAAACCCAGCGGGAGUGUAAGUAAUGGAGUCGUGGCUGGGUCUGCUGAUGCGAGUGGUGAGAAGCAGCCGAAUUCGGCCUCCAAGCGCAAGAGACGGCAGCAGAAGGAGCAGCAGAAGCAGCAGCAGCAGCAGCCGCAGCAGCAGCCGCAGGAGGGCAGUGGUUCAGGCAAGAAGCGCAAGGGAAAGAAGGAUGCCGUGACCAAGGAAGCAGAGACAACCCCGCUGACGUCUGUAGGCAUAGAGAUUGCCGAGAAGAAGGGCCAGCAGACGGUGCAGGGUCAAGCAGCUGCAGCAGACGGAGACGCGUCUGCUGAAGCAACAACAGCAUCAGGCCCUGCCCCCACCGGGUCAACAGCCAGCCUACGAUCAGGACUGGUGCACCCGCAUCUGGCCAUAAACGCCAAGACGGAAGGACCGGGCGGCGGCGGGGCGGCAGACGAGGAGGAAGCAGACGGGUUCCGCACGCCAGAAAAGGACAUCAUAGACGCCUUUUCAUCCUUUGAUUUCCCCCAGGAUCUCGCCACAGGAGCUGGGAGCGUGGGUGCUCGGAUCAUGGCUGCAGGCGAAGCAGCUGCUGCUGCCGUAGCAGGGAGCGAGGCAGGAGGUCCGGUAACCCGAUCCAAGGACGGGAGAACAGACGCUGCAGCAGUCGGCGUGCAGUCAGCCCCGGCGGGAAAGGCGGGCGGUGCGGGCAAGCGGAAGAAAAAGGUGAUAUUCGUUCUGAGCCGCAACUUGGAGAUGGCGAAGGGAGGCCCGGUGCCGCCUCCUGCGGUGCGCACACCACCUGCUUCCCAGCCGAAAGGCAGUGCGCUCAAGCCAGGGACUAAGCCGGGGCCGAUCAACAUGCGCAUGCUUAUGGCGACUGCUGACACGAGCCCCUCCCAGAUGACUGCUUCUGGGCGGAAGAAGAUGGAUAAAGCUGCUCGCUCGCCUGCCAAGUCCCCUUCUGCUGUGUCUCUGCGCCUGGCUAAUUUCCUGCAGUCCAUAGCAUGUCACCCCCCUCAUCCUUCUGUUGACCGUUGUUCUCGAAUGUCCCUCCUCUUCUUCCUGAUUGCCCGCCCCUCUUCCUCCCUCCAUUCCCCUUCCUCCUCACCCCCAUCCCAGCCCCUCCUAUCGUGUAACUGCUACCGCCUCGUCACAGCCCUCCUUCCUCCUCCUCACCCUCGUCACGCCCACUCUCAGCACUUCUCCCAUCCCAGUCUUGCGGAUAGUUCCCCUCCCCCCCCAACCCUCUCAUUGUUCCCAUCUACAACCCUCUCAUUUGUCUUUCCCCAUGCCAAACACCUCCACUGCAUACCCUCAUGGUGUGUCUCCGCUGCCCCCUUCCAUCCCCCCCUUGAGAACACCACUUGCUUGCACUCCCCUGCCUUGUGCCUUGCAUCCACACUCUCUGCUGUGGAACAAGCAGGCACCUCCCCCACAUAA